ACUGUCAGAAAAAUGUCAGCAGAGACAUGCGCGUUUGAAGAAACCUUCUCCUUCAGUUGUCUUCCGUCUAAGAAGUUGUCUUUCCUGCAGGACAGAGACACAUUAGAGCUGCUCAUGAAAUGGUCCAUGUUGGGGAGACUCUCAGCUCAGUCCUACAGCUUUGACCAGACCUUCUACCCCUACAACUGUGACAAGUUUGCACUGUGUUUCUUUCAAGACCUUAAUGUCGUGGCCAGUCUGAAGAAGCCUGAGGGCCAGACCUGGGUGCCUCUUGACAGGCCAGUGGUGUCUGUAGAUGUGGAGGUGGUCCCAUGCACUAAGGUCUCCAUGGAGAUGUUUGACCCACUUUGCUCCAGUGGCGGCCCGCUGAGGCUGAGGCGCCCCGGUAAACAUGUAUGCACUUAAAUACUUCCAUGAUGUCAAGUCUGCCCUGACUAUGAUGAACUCAGACAAAUGCUGGAGGAAGAGGAGGAAGAGGAGGAGGACUACUGUGCUGUCAGGAAAGAGGAGCAGGAAGAGUUUCUGUUUCGCCUCUUCAAGCACCUGUGGCUCGGUGGAGAGCUGUGUCAGUAUGAUAACACCGCUGAUCCUUACAUCAGCACGACAAAGAAAAUCUACAAAGAUCUGAUCAGUGUUCAGAAGGAUCCAGAGACUAAAAAGAUCAGUGUCAUUUCCGCAGUUCUCAAAGUGUCUGCUUAUGAUGAGUCUGGGCUGUGUUACCCUGGGAGACGAGAGGACGGCCAGACGUUCGCCUACAUGAUCAUUGACACCUUUAAAAGACAUGUGACUUUAUUUUAUCACUUCUACGGAAUAGGAAAUUUCACAUUUUGA